AUGUCCAUAAACCUUCUCGUUAGUCUCGCGAUCCGAUCCAUAUUGUUUUGCCGUUUUCUUCUCUCCCUCUUCCCUCUCUUCCUCGUCUCGCCUAUCCGCGGCCAGACCCCGCUACCACAUUCUCUCCCUUUCCUGUUCUGUCUUGCUAGUUCCUACCUCUCUCCACGUCCUUUACACUCGUCGCCUUCCCUCCUACCCUCUGCUUCCAUUACCAAAUUCUCCUCCUCUCUUGGACCUCCGCCUCAUUUCCAGCUCGACCACCGCCCCUCACCCCCUUCCGUUCAUCUGCUCUAG